AACGCCAUCUUGUUCUCAUGCAGAUGACACGUGUGCUGCUACACUAUGCAACAAUACAGCACCUUCUUGUGUCUAUCCUUCCCUUCCAAGUUCCCAACUAGUCCUCAUCUCUCUGAAACUACACUCCACUCCAUCUCCAUGGAGGAACACAAAAAAGAAGGGUUUUUUUUGCCCACACCAGUUGCAAAACUAAUAUCCUUUCAAACGGAUUUGAUCUAUAAUGGCCUGGUUUCUCUCUUUUCCCCUAUCCACUCUCUUUUCUCCGUGGCUUCUGAGUCCUACCACCGUGCAGAGGAGACCAAAGACAGUGUUGAAUCAGCAGUGCAACGUGCUCUUUCUCAUCAAAUCACUCAUGGCAGCGCACUCUUGCUGAAGAAACUAGGACUUUGCUUUCUGAGUGUUGCGUAUGUGUGCAUGGUUAUGAUUUUGGCUCUCAUUCUGGCUGCUGUGGUGGGUGUUGCUUUGGUUCGGUUGUGGGUGGAGGAACCCGUGUCUGUCAAGGAUAAUCUGCAUUUUGAUUACACUGAAGCUCACCCUACGGCUGUGUUUUCAUUCAAUGGAGUUAGAAGUUUAAAGGGUCACCUUAAGAAAAAGCACAUAAGUGUCCCAGUUGGCCACUCGUUUUUCGCUUCUUUGGUCCUUGUGAUGCCUGAAUCUGACUUCAAUAGGGAGCUUGGCGUGUUUCAGUUGACUGCAGAACUCCUAUCUGUGAAUGGAAAUGUGAUAGAAAAAUCUAGCCAGCCAUGCAUGUUGAGGUUUAGAAGCUCACCAAUUCGACUAGUCCGAACCUUUAUGAUGGGAGUGCCUCUGGUGCUGGGAAUCUCAGGGGAGACUCAGAAUAUUAAUGUGGAUAUACUGAAGCACAAAGAAGACUACAGAAGAAGCAAUUCUAUUAGGGUAACUCUGCAUCCAAGAGCAGGAACAUCAUCUCUUCCACAGCUAUACGAAGCCAAAAUUGCGAUAAACUCCCAUUUGCCUUGGACUAAAGAGUUGGUUCGAAAUUGGAAGUGGACAUUUUAUGUUUGGGUGUCCUUGUAUGUCUACAUUGUGCUACUUGUGUCUCUCCUAUGUUGUUAUAGGCCACUCAUCUUUCUGGUGACACCAGAGUAUUUCAGUGAUCAUAGGGUGAGUGAACUUACAAGAGAAGAACCUGGACAAUUACAAGUUGAGGAAUUAGGAGAUGAAAGUGAGGUUUCUGAGUUGUUGAGGAAAUGGAGAAGAAGCAGAAGCAAGAGAAAAACUGUACUAGCACAUGGUGGUGUGCCAGAAACCAUUGUUGGUUCAUCAACAUCCAGCAUUAGCAUGAUGACUACUAGAGAAGAUGUAACCAGUGUGGCUGUGGAAGAUGAGGUUGAGGACUCUGAAUCAGCGUGCAUAGGUUAGAGAGGGUUAAUUUUACUUGCUCUGAAGAGGGAUAAUAAAUUGGUCUUGAGUAAGUUUUUUAUACUAUGGUUGAGUAUUAUAAUUAUGUGAACUUUUGUAAGCUUCCAUUGCAUUUUAUUAUGGUUUGAACAAGUAACAUUUUGCAAUAUCAUGUCUCCUCAAUAUUGUGUAUCUAGAAACAUUGCAUUACAUAUAUAACAUUUGGCUUCUGGGAUUAGAA